AUGGCGAUUGAAUACAACUUAGAUGUGGAGGAAGAUUGCCCACUUUGCUGUGAGCCGCUCAAUCAUGAUCUCAACUUUUAUCCCUGUCAAUGUGCUUUCCAGAUCUGUUCGAUAUGCUGGAAUCGCAUAAAGGAGCUGGAGGGAAAUCUGUGUCCGAACUGUCGCGUUCCUUAUCCGGACGAGCCGUAUAGCUUCAAACCGCUUACCGAGAAGCAAGAAGCAUUAAUUGUUCAACGCGAUCAACGAUCCAAUAAUAAUACCGUUCCAGCGGCGGCGAAGCCAAAAGUAGCGCCGAUCCAGGACAAAGAAAAGCUGCGCGACGUGCGAGUGAUGCAAAAGAAUCUGGUGUUCGUGGUGGGCCUCCAGCCGAAACUGGCCGACGAAUCGAUGCUCCGGAAACAAGAGUACUUCGCUUCCUUUUUAGGGCGCUUUGGAAAGAUCAUGAAGGUCGCCGUCAAUCAAUGUACUACUUAUGCCGGCGUACAGGGCCCCUCAGCAUCAGCUUACGUAACCUUUUCGACGACGGAUGCGGCGUUGAGAUGUAUUCAAACGGUUCACGGGUUGACGCAAGACGGGCGCACCCUCAAAGCGACCCUGGGCACGACCAAGUACUGCUCCAGAUUCCUCAACGGGCAGCAGUGUAAAUUACAAGACUGUAUGUAUCUCCAUGAAAUCGCAGAUCCAGAUGCUAGCUUUACUAAAGAAGAUAUGCAAAAACAAAAGCACACAGAGUACGAGAGGAGGUUGAUGGACAACUUCCGCCGGGCCUGCCAAGCCGAACAAGCUCGCAAAGAAGCUGCCGAGCGCGAGCGCCGUCUCCGCGAACAACUAAAGAAGAAAGAAGAAGAAGCGUCGCGGAAAAAAGCGGCGGCAGCUAAAGUGACGACGCCACACGCGCCAGAAGCAAAACGGCCGCGAAAACCGCCAGUCCCGACGGCGGCUACUGUUACUGCGAAUACUGUUACGUUACCGAAGCAAAAUCAAAAUCCGAGGAGCAGGCCGGCGCCGCCAAAGCCGAAAUCGCCGAAAGUGCAAAAGCAGAAAAAGAAUAUUUAUGUCGACUCGGAUGAUGAAUCAGAACUCGAACGCAUCACAUCAAAACAAAUCAAAGACGCUGUGGACGAAGACGUCAAAGACUCGUGGGACACAAGCGACGAGGAAGACUGCCACAAAAGCAACAGCAACUCGGGCAAAUCGUCAAAAUCAAACUCGAAGCCGAGCUCCCGCGCUCCCUCUCGCAACGGCACUCCGCUGGAAACACACACACUCAGCAAUCAUUCAAAUCAUCACUCACACAGUAACUCCCAGUCGGAAACAGUAACAACCAGCCGUCCAAACAGCCAAAACAGCCGCAGCAGCAAGUCUGGAUCGCAUCGGGAUUCGCCACACAGUAGUAACAGUAACACAAAUUCAAUUCAAAAAGAAACAAAAGCGAAACAAAACGAGCUCAAUCUUCCUACAGUGGAUCAUCAGCUCUCGCAAGCGCAGAUAAAAGCCGCCAGCAGAGCCGCCGCGAAGCAAAACGCAGAAAACGAGGCUAGAAAUAACAGCACGAUUAGCAAGAACCUCUUCGCAAACGGUGACAACCCGCCGCGGACGCUUCCAUCUCCAGUCGAAGAUCAGAAUCAUCUGCCAGUAUCGAUCAGUAGUCAGUCUCGUCUUCCAGCCAGAUCGCCAGUGAACCAGCCGCCGGCCGGGCUCAUGUUUGACCCCUUCGCGCUCAAUCCCCUUGCCUCGACCUCGACGACAUCGUCUAGCAGACUUGGUGCGCCGCCAGGAGUCACAACACAGCCAAAGGCGAGCAGGAGCCCUCCUGGUUUCUCUUCAAGCUUCCAGCCGGUUCCCAAAUCAUCCUCAUCUUCCUCGCAACUGCCGUUCAAUCCCUUCGACAGCUUCUUUUCUGAGUCUGAUCCAGCGCAAAAGUUACAAAGUUCUUCCCACAAUCAGACGAAAACGAGCCAAGGAGCGAGUGUCAGUCAGGGAGGAAGCUUGUUCAACAGACUACCAACUGUGGAUCAACUAAAGGACCCUUUUGCGAGGAAACCACCCAGCCAGACGAAUGGAGUCAGCAGAUCUUCUUUUGCCACCCCUCCGCCCGGCUUAGGCCAAGCAGCGAAGGACUGGGACUCAAAUUCGUCAGCUCGUUCUGGGAUGCCGCCUCCUGCGCUCUCUCGGCGUGUUCCCCCUGCAGGCCUUUUCGAUACAGGUUCAUCUCAUUCUAGUUCAAAGCUAGUUCCCGGUUUGGAUGGUGUCGAUCCCUUGUUGUUUGGGGGUGGUAGUGGACGGAUGGACCCUCCAGCGUCCUCCCUGAUGCCGCGCCCGAUUCCCGACUUGUUGCGAAACGGUGGGAUUGGGCGAAGCCGACAAGACAGUGCCGAUUUCGAAAACCUAGACUUUGACCCGAUUGAUUACUCGAUGAAGGGACUCUCCAAGCUUCAGUUGAACGAACCGAGAUCUGCCCAAACGCAUCGUCCGCUCGCUGCAUCACCUCAAUUGCCGAGCAGAUCGAUCUUUGGGGAUCUCCAAUCGCCGUCUGGAAUGAUGGGCCUCUUCGGCGAACGACCAGCGCCGCGGCCACAGUCGGGGAAGGACGAAGGACUUUGGCAGGAGAAUCUGAGAAGGCUGCUACCGAAUGUAAACGUCCACUUUACAUACAACGAACAAAUGUCAAGACAAAAUUCGUCCUUUUCCGAGCAUAAACCACCGAUGCAGCGAGGACCUCCUGGCCUGGGCGGACCGCCGGGCUUCAGCCAGUCGCCUCUGCUGGGCUUUCCCGACGCAGGAAACGCCUUCGCUCGUCAAAACAGCCGCCAACCUGUCGAGUCCGAAUUCAUUCCAAAAGGCUUACUAGACUAA